AUGGUUAGCGAUUUGACGAGCGUGUUUUAUUUGCUUGGGGGGGGCGACGUUAUCUUGUUAGUGAAGCGGGACACGAAAACGGGACUGUCUAAAGGUUUCGGUUUUAUCAAGUUUGCUGAUUAUGAGGCUCAAAUGAGAGCUCUCGGAAGGAGACACAUGAUCGACGGUCGUUGGUGCGAUGUGCGCAUACCUAACAGUAAGGACGGGGGCUCAGCAGCCCAUCGGAAAGUCUUUGUAGGACGUUGCACCGAAAGUCUCACCGCUGACGACCUCCGAGAGUACUUCGGUGCAUUUGGACAGGUGACUGAUGUAUUUGUGCCUAAACCAUUUCGGGCAUUUAGCUUCGUAACGUUUUUAGACCCAGAAGUUGCACAAUCCUUGUGCGGUCAAGACCACAUAAUCAAAGGGGUGUCAGUGAACAUUUCAACUGCAUCCCCCAAGCGGGAUAGAAGUGCCCGCUCCCAACUGCUCGGUUGGGGGCUGCUGGAAGGCGGAGCCCCGCGCGUUUACAGCUGGCCCCCUGACGCCUGGCAGCACUCUGCCCACUCACACACUGCAGCAUUGCCUGAUACCAAACCCUACCUCAAAUAUGAGUGACGCCUAUUGCGCCUUGUUGAUUGUUCACAGAUUUUAUAUGAAAGCAAAUAUGUAAAUAAUAUAAUAUAGUAUUGUAUGAAGUUCA